CACAACGCAGCUGGAUCCCACCCCAUCUUCUCCUCGCAACACUCUCCGCCCUCCCAAGCAGUGUGAAGGUGGAGGCGGCGAGGGGUCGUCUCCAUGGCAACCGCACUGCAUCCGGGCCCCGCCCCCACCGGGCCUAGAGGACCGGAAGCUUCCCGGAGCCUCGCUCUUCCCUGGCUUUCUCCCGCCGGCGCCACACCAGUCCUUCCCUGCCGGGAGCCUUAUUUAGGGAGUGUCCAUAAGAAGAGCUCCACUGCCUUAAGGAUUAAAGCCUCACUGUCCUGACCUAUUUCCAGUCAAAAUGUCUGCGGAAUUGAGAGAGUCUUCAACUUGCCUUCCACAAAGUCCAGAGGAGCCUGGCGGGCUUCUGAUAGUGAAAAUGGAAGAGGAAGAGCAGGCCUGUGAUCCAGACUCUGAUGUCCACUGGAGCAGCUGCUAUAGCCCAGAGACCUGCCGCCUGCAGUUUAGGCACUUUGGUUACUCGGGCUCCACUGGGCCCCGGGAGACUCUGAGCCAGCUCCGGGCACUUUGUCAUCGCUGGCUGAGGCCAGAGGUGCACACCAAGGAGCAGAUCCUGGAGCUGCUGGUGUUGGAGCAGUUCCUGGCCAUCCUGCCUGAGAAGCUGCAGGCCUGCGUGCAGAGGCACCGGCCAGAGAACGGAGAGGAAGCUGUGACCCUGCUGGAGGAGCUGGAGAGAGAAGUUGACCCGCCAGGCAUGCAGGUCAUUUUUGGAAGAAGAAAGGACAUCAUGGCAGAGAAGCUGGCAUCUUGGGAAGUCACUCAGGAAUUACCGAGUAGCCGGCUCAAGCCCUUGAAAAAGCAGCUUCAGUGGGCAUCGUGGGAGCUGCACUCCUUAAGACAGCAUGAUGAAGACACCAAAACUGGAAAUGUGAAAUCUGCUUCGAGGCAAAAAACCUCCUCAGGCACAGAACUGCAUCGUGAUGUUUCUAACUCCCUUCAUGUGGAUACCUCCCAAAAUUUCACAUCUCAAGGAACCUGGGAACAAGAUGGCAGGUUUUCAAGAAGACAGGGAAACCCAUCUAGAAAAAAGCAACAUAAGUGUGAUCAGUGUGGCAAGAUCUUUAGUCAAAGCUCGGCCCUUAUUUUACAUCAGAGAAUUCAUAGUGGAGAGAAGCCUUAUGUAUGUGAUGAGUGUGCAAAGGCUUUCAGCCGAAGUGCAAUUCUGAUUCAGCAUCAAAGAACCCACACUGGGGAAAAACCCUUUAAGUGUCACGACUGUGGCAAAGCCUUUAGUCAAAGUUCAAAUCUUUUUAGACAUAGAAAAAGACACAUUAGAGAAAAAAUUCAUCAGUGUCCUGAGGGAACCAAAGCAUUUACUUUGAGUUUUCGCAGAAUACGAGAAGACAAAAGGCACAAACACUCCUUUAGUAUGAGUCAGUGGUUUUAGUGGACUCCAUUUUCCUUUCAAGGAUCACAGGAGAGAAGGAAGAGUAUCUCAUGUCAGCCUUAUUGCUUUUCUGCUUAUUGUCAAUUCCAGUGUUCGAGAUUCCAAAGAUUAGUUCAUAUUUCCAUCCCUAAGCAGCCUUUCAAAAGACAUUCUCAGAUGUUUUCUUCUAUUUACAUUAUUAACUAAAAUAAUGAACUAGUAUACUCAUGACUUUAAAAAAUAAGCAUUUUCCCAGCUGAGAAGAAAUGUGUUACUCAAUAUAACAGAUAUUUUUCUUCAUUUCAUAACCUGAGCAGUAGAAUUCUAAGGACUAAAGAUUAAGCCACUCUAAAAUUUUUCCUAUUUUUUCUUUGGUUGCCAGAUUCACAAUAUGAUAACAGUAUUGAGGAGGCCCAAAAGAAUAUUUAUCUCACAAACUAAGCUCACGGGUCUACAGUCAUUGUUAGGAGGUAGGUAAAUAAAAUUACUUAAUAUCUUAUGAGGGCUGGGGAUGUAGCUCAGCGGUGCAGCACCUGCCUGGCAAGUGCGAGCCCCUGAGUUUGAUUCCUUCUACCAAAAAAAAAAAAAAAAAAAAAGACAAUCUUUCGAAAGCUCUACACACUGUUGAUGAUUCUAAAAUUUCCUGUGCUGGAAAAAAUAGUCUCUUUUAUAAUGUAAUUAAUAACAAUGGAAGCAUUAAGAUGCUUGUCUAUGAGUUUUUAAGGAAUGACACAAAUUUAAGGAAUGUUUCCAUAAUAAUCAGGACCAUUCUGGGGUGCUUUUAUAAGGGUGAUGAUCAUCAUAAUAUAAAGAAGGGAAGGAGGUGAGGAACAAGACCAUCCCAGACUACAAGACUGAUGUAGCACAAUGUCAGCAAGUGCAGGAAUGAGAAGUGCACCACAGCUCACCUGGGAAAGCAAGUCCUUACCAGCUCGAGACUAUUCUUCAAUGUUCUUUGUGUCUACUUUUCUGGCAUAAAUCAGCUUUAAAUAUGUUUCAGGCCCCACAAGACAGCCUUCUCAGGAUUUGUAAGGUCAGUCAUGAAAUGAGACUGUGGAAUUUGAUCUUUUGUACAAAUGAAGAAACCGCUGAAGUUCCAUUUAAAGAGUCCACCUAGUUGAUAAGUUUUAAGACAACAUUUUUAGUGUAUCAUCUAUAGGGUGUAGUUGUAUCCAUAUUUAAUUCAAGUUCCCCACUUAACUGACAGUCUUAUGUAUUGUUAAAAUCAGUCUGACAACAUACAAUAAAAUGUUCCCUUUUCUAGGGAUUCUUGAUAUAUGUGUCACCGUUUUAAUAUAUGUGCUGCCAAAGCGAACACAACAAAUGUGUCAUAAUACACAUAUAUACAAUACACAAACAAGAAACAUAUUGUUUUGUUUUUCGUGGAGGCAUAGUUAGCCACCAAGGAAGCUGACCUCAGAAGUGAAAGUCCUUGAAAAAGGAAGAGGCUUGUAGGCUUGCCUGGUGGAUCCCUGAUAAAGUGUAAUAUUUCAUUCUCAGAAAAUCUGACCAUGUCUAGUGCCCAAAGUAACUCCAGAAAUGAAUAUGGAAUUGUACUCUGCUUAGUAUACUGGUAAAUGUAAGAUUCAUAACGGGAGACAAGUAAGUGUAAAUUUUAUUAUACAUUAUUUCUAAUAGUGAUUGUGCUUUGUAGCACUACUGAAUAUGUGUUGGGUUUUGUGUGUAAUAAUUUAUUCUAAGUAAAAAAAAAGUUAUUCUAAAUGUAGGUAUCUUUUUAUUUAGGGCUCAUUUUCUUUGUAAUUAAAGAGAAGACCAAGUCAUCUAUUAAAGCAACAAAUGCCUCAGAGAUAAAUGUACUAUGAAUUACUGUUUACUUGUGGGAAGUGCUUUUUUUAGGUUCAGUGUGAAUGAGAUGGAAGAUUCCACAUCAGGUCUUCUGAUUGUCUUCAGUUGGUGAAACCAUGGAUUUUAUAGGAUUGUGUACUCUUUAUUAUGAAUAAUCUGAAUUCAUUCACCACAGAGUGGUGUGAAUCAUACUAAGUACGUGAUGAGUUGUAAAGAAUGUUACUGGGUACUCUGAGAUAUUUUGCACCUACAUGGGUCUCCUAGUGAGUAAAUGGUAUUCAUUUAUAUAAAAUGAGAAUUACUAUGAUUUGAGCUAAGCGUGAUAAAAAUCAGUAUGACAUUAGCACUCCCAUUGGAUUAACUAACUUCCGGGAAUAAUAAAUACUCCAAAAUGAAA